GACAAGGUUCGCGAGCAAUGCCCACACAUUAUGAAAUUCUCGGCGUUCCACAGACAGCCUCCAUAGAAGAAAUCAGGAAGCAGUAUCAAAAGCUUGUCCUACAGUACCAUCCCGACAAACUCGCUCAGACCGUUAAUUCACCGAAAUCCGGCAACGUUCAAACGGGGCCCGAAGAAUGUGCAAAACGCUUCCAAGAGGUGGUAGCAGCCUGGGAGAUCCUGAACGACGAAUGCAAGCGGAGGCAGUAUGACGCUGAACUAUCGGCGAGAAGAACCGCUAAUAUCGGUCCCAUUCAUGCAGAAGUCGAUCUGGACGACAUGGAGUAUGAUGAAGGAAAGGCUUCUUUCCACACCCUAUGUCGAUGCGGUGGGUCGUACACUGUGAGCGAAUCACAACUAGAGCAGCAAGUGCAAACUGUCACCUGCGACAGCUGUUCGUUACAAAUACGAUUGAUGUAUCAAGUGGAAGAAAUCGACUGAUUUACCUCGGCCUGGAUACGUAGCGACAGGAGAAGAACGCUAACGGCUCAAACCAUAUAGUAGAUUGUCCACAACCAUUACGGUGGAAGCCCCUUCGGGUCCCUAGAAGCAAGGUCAUACUCUCACCCCAUCAUAAGUAGCCAAAUAGAGAUGUACCAUGAAUCUGCUACGGCAGAAUAGACAAGAUAGUUAUUUAUCUAUCAACAUUUGCACCCGAUCAGGUAGGAUCAUUAUCUACUAUGGAAAUAUAUUAAAAGACUGCGUAGCUUCUCUUAACUGUCACGUCAAAAU